AUGUCCAGAGCUGCGAAACUCACGCUGGCGGGUACAUCCAUAGGAGCCUUUGGGGUCGUUGCGCUUGUUCACUACCAGCAGAAUUCCGAGAAAGCUGCAAUGCAUGCUGGAGUGGUACGAGACAUUGAACAACAACGGGUCAAGAAAGAACGGCAGGCGGAUUUCGAGAUGCAAAAGGCGCUGGAGGAAGAGUAUAGAAAGGUGCAGCAGGUGCAUGAUGGUGAAGGAGGGCCGGAGAAAGCUAGGGGCAAGGGCUGA